AUGGGCAAAAAGAAAACUCUCGGAAAAAGAAAACAAUUAAAACGUCUAAGAGAACAACUCCGUAUUUUGAACGAAGGAAAAAAAAAAAAACCAAACAUUUCAUUAAUUGAGCUUGAGAAUGUGACGAAUAAAACGGCGCCCACGGUAUUAGAGAAUGGACUGCACGAAGACGGAUCGGCACGCGGCGCGAGCGACUCGAGCGGCGCGCCGGCGGUGCCCACGUCGUUGUCGGCGGCGGCGGCUGGCCAUUUGGAACAGGGAAAAGGGGACUCGUCGCUAUCUAUUGACAGUACGGACAAGUAA